AUGGACAUUUCAGCAGGGUUUUCUUUCGAAAAUUUCAACAAAAUUUUGGAACGUCUUGGUAUCGUCAAGGAUCUAGCUGAAAUAACUCGACAAGAAUUAGUUGGCAAAACAUUUGAUGAUGUUGGGGCUGCUGAAAACUUUUUCACAACCUACGCAAGAAUAAUGGGAUUUGGUGUUCGAAAGGGGACAAGAAGAACCAGCAGGGAUGGUGAUCUAACGAUACGAAGUUGGGUUUGCUCAUGCGAAGGUCGUAGGGACGAGAAAUGGUGUAAAAUGCAGCCAAGGAGACGUGAGCCUAAGGCAGUUACUAGGAUGGAUUGCAAAGUGGUUUUAUGUGUUAACAAAGUAAAAGCAACUAGAAAAUGGAUAGUGAAUAAGUUUGUUCAUAAUCAUUCCCAUCCUUUACUAUCACAGAACCAUAUAGCAUUCUUAAGAUCCCACAGGAAGGUACCAGAUGGGACCUUAGAACAAGCAAGAUGUAUGAGGAAAUCAGGUAUUCAAACUUGUAAAAUUAUGUCAUUCAUGGCUCUACAACAUGGUGGUUAUGACAAACUCCCUUUUUUACUUAAAGACCUUUACAACAAGUUCACUGAAGACAAUAAAGUGGAAUUGGCUGAGUUAGAUGCUUCUAAAGCUAUUGGAUACCUAGAGCAUAAAUCUGAUAAUGAUGACCAAUUGUUUUGUAAGUACACUUUCGACCAAGAAAAAAGGCUAGAGUCAAUGAUAUGGGCAGACGGGAAGUGUAGGAAAGACUAUGAAAAAUUUGGCCACGCAUUAUUACCGAAAAUCUCGGUUAACACCAACCAAUAUGGAAAAUCGUUACUAAUCUUGUUAGGAGUGAACAACCACUUCAAGACAACCAUUUUUGCUUAUGCAAUUUUGCAUAAUGAAAAUGAACAGACUUAUUUGUGGGUGCUUCAGUCUUUCUUGGAGUGCAUGAAUGAAAAAGCUCAAAAAACAGUGAUAACGGAUGGUUGUCCAGCCAUGAAUAUGGCUAUAAAUCAGUUGAUGCCAAGAACUAUUCACCGUCUUUGUAGCUGGCACAUUAGCUGGAAUGCCUCUAUAGCAGUGAAAGAUUCAAAUUUUAUCAGAGAUUUCCAUAAAUUAAUGUCAAAGUGCAUGAAGGAGACCCAAUUUGAAGCAAAAUGGUAA